AUGUCCCCGCUUUUGCUCUCAUGUUUUGGAGUAGGUGCCUAUCGACCGACGUUGAUUCAUUCGUACUUUUACUAAGUUUCUUGGCAUCGAUAUUACUGUGAUUAAGGUGCGCAAAAUCCAACCAGCAGCGGUGCAUUAGCGAUGUAUGGACGUGUGUACGCGAGCAUCCUUCAAAGAGCUUCAAGCUACACGUUGGCAUUUUAUUCUGCAGCCCCAUUCCAGUAUGCCCCACUUCUAGCACUUCCUUCCUCUCAGCCUCAACCAGUCCACCGGUGUCACUGCUCAUCCUGGAGUCUCUUCAGAUCAGACCAGUUGUGCUGCACUGGAGAGGAAGCUGGAAACUGGUCUCCAAGAGGCCGAUACCUCUCCACUCGUCAGGAUCUAGACUUCCAGCUGAGCCGAGUCCAGAUCAACAGUAUUCUGAGAACCAAUGAGCAGACUGUUAAUGUGCCAGAGUUUGAUGGGAGGGGACUCAGUGCUGUGAGAAAGUUUGAGAGUAACCAGCUCGCUGCAAACACUCCUAAUGAGGAUCGUCGCAGUGCAGCCACCUGCUUGCAGUCAAAGGGCAUGCUCUUUGGAGUGUUUGAUGGCCAUGGGGGAUGGGCGUGUGCUCAGGCUGUCAGCGAGCGGCUGCUGUAUUACACAGCAGUUGCAAUGAUGCCAACAAACAUCCUGGAGGAGCUUGAGAAAUGCAUGGAGCAUGGCAGACCUGUUCCUCCCAUCUUGCAGUGGUAUAAACAUCACGCAGACUUUAAUUAUCGUGAAUCUGCAUCCCUGUACACUGACCACCUCCGCGUCUUCUGGCAAGAUUUACUGGACGGUGAGGAACACGGCGAGGGCAUGAGUCCUAAAGAUGCUCUGGAUUGCGCUUUCAAGCGGCUCGACGCUGAUAUCUCCUUGGAGGCUCAAGUCCCUCUUUCCAAUGACCUGAUGAAAAGUACAGCCAUCCAGGUUGCAUUUGCCGGGUGCACCGCCUGUGUGGCUCAUGUCGGCACAGAUGGGAUCUACGUGGCGAAUGCUGGUGACUGCCGAGCGGUGUUAGGGGUACAAAAUGAGGAUGGCUCAUGGAGCGCUUUACCUCUUUCCCAAGACCACAACUCGGAGAACCAGGAAGAGGUGGAACGAAUCAAAGCCCAGCAUCCACCCUCAGAGAAAGACACGGUGAUCACAGACGACAGACUUCUAGGGGUUCUGAUGCCCCUGCGUGCAUUUGGCGAUGUGAGAUUCAAAUGGAGCCAGGAGUUGCAGCAGAGCAUUUUAUCCAGUCUGGAAUCUGGAGUGGACCUUGACUCUCUCAACUUGUAUCAGUACACUCCGCCAAACUAUCUGACACCACCCUACCUGGAUGUGGCACCAGAUAUAACCUAUCACAAGCUGAGACCUCAGGACCGCUUCCUGAUCCUGGGCACCGACGGACUGUGGGAUGAACUGGGGAGUGAGGAGGCGGUACGACUUAUUGGAGAGCACCUGAGUGGAAUUCACUUACAGGCUCCUGUGUCCCCGUCUGAGAGGCAGCUAAAACUGGGUCAGAUGCAUGAACUCCUGCUGAAACGUCGGGCCCGCGCCUCCCCCGCUUUGGACACCAACGCUGCCACACACCUUAUCAGACAUGCUCUUGGCACUGGGGAGUAUGGAGAGCUGUGCCAGGAGAGACUGGCCUCAAUGCUGGCUUUGCCAGAGGACCUUGCUCGAAUGUACAGAGACGAUAUCACAGCUACUGUGGUGUAUCUGAACUCCGACCUGGCCAGACCUCACCGCAGCUAACAGAUGUUUUUAUUUAUUUAUUUUUGCAAUCAAAGCUGGACGGAGACAUACAUUACAGUCAACUCUGUUCAGAUCACAGUCAGCAACUACUUGACAAACAUUACAUCCUGUUACUAGGGCUGGACCCAAAUAGCCAACAAUUCGUUUGCUGUGCUGGGAUCGAGAUAUCGAUUUUGAUCCUCGAAUAUCCUCCCAAAACAUUCAGGAUAUUCGUCAUUAAUUGGGCCGAAUAUCUGGAGAACAGCUGUUCGGACCAGCCCUACCUGUUACACGUAUAUUUAAAGACCCCCUCUGGUGAAAAUCUAUUUUAUUUCCUUGCUUAUGUGUGCACAUGGUGAUUUUUUAUGCUAGGAGACAUGUCAUGAGGAAGUCACUUUCAUGGCUGAGCAUUUUAAUCUCUAUUGUACCAAUAGCAGUCCCACAAAAACAACACAGAUUUAGACUUUUGACAUUCCAUGCGCAACAAACCUAAAAUUCUUUUUAUAUGUAGGCUGAGACUUUUCAUGUCUUCAAAAUCCUUCUCCAGUGUUCUAACUUUCUAUUGUGUAGCGUAGAAUAGUUUGGUAGUGUUUAAACACAAGUGUAGUUAGUUAUUGAUGUGGAGCUGCUGUGAGUGGGGGAGGGUUGAGUGGAGAGAGAGAGGUCAGGCCGACAUGGACCUCUGUGCAUUCUGGAGGAAGUGUAGAGUUACAUCUGAGCCACUUUAAGGCAAGAAGAGAUUCGUUUUAUGGAAAGACUUGUUAAUAUGUAAAGUUGAUACACAGAGAGGAAGUUUUGGAGGUUAAAUUGAUGACCGGAGAGGGAAGGUUUUCUAUGUUGUAUUGUCUACAGUUACUAUUUAUAAUAACUACACCGUUUACCAGACUUAACACGGGUUACAUGUUGGCUGUAGCAUUUAUCAGGUCAAAAAUACAGGUUUUGUGAACAAAAAGUUGUCGUCCUGCAGCGUGUUCGUGGUGUGUUUUUCAGGCUGCUUGUCAACAGUAGAACUGAAGUGCAUACAAGUGUACAGACUGAACAUACACACACUCAAUUAGUUGUUUGUCUUCACUUUUGUUCCUAUUUUUCUUGCACAUCUUUGCCUUUUUUCCCUCCGUUUACUUGUGUGUGAAGUAUCAAGAUCCUCUAUUUAAUGUAAUUUUGGUUGGAUGUAUUUAAAUUCCAUUCGUUGUUGCAGAUGUUUCACAUUAAACUGAGAAAUUAUUUAGUUUUCUUUGUGUUUACUGACAGAAAUAUUGAAAGUUUUUUUAAAAAAGUAAUGGAUUUCAAAGGGCAACUUAACAUUUUGUGUGGAGUUUGAAGUCCAAACCUGGGAAGUCAGUGGAAGUUUUCAAAAUAAACUGUGCUAAUGUGC